CCAAUUCAUACCAGAGAAUGUACUUAGCUAUCUCAAAAUACCGAAUUGUAAAUUAGUAUUUAAAUGACAUAUCCAUGGCACAAAUUGAAUUAUUUUUUCUUUCCUCGUGAUUGUUUUGUUUUUCCCUAUGUUUUUUUCCUUCCAUUGGUGCUUCACACUCCAGUCCAGUUGGUGGCGGUAAAAUACCAAAACUUGGAUUAUAAAAAAUCCAUGAAAUCAUACAAGAAGAAGUUGAAAGUGCAGCGCCAGACCAGUUUCUAUGAUUCUAUGGUUUCAUUUGCUUGAAGAAUAUAAUGGUGUCAGCAGGUGAAGUGUUUUGUCUGUUGUUGGUCGCGAUCUUGUGGGGAGGAACAAACCCCUUCCUGAAAAAAGGCUCAGAGGGCAUUGAAGGAGUUCAGAGGGACAACAAACUCCUCCAGUUUUUGGCCGAGAUCAAAUUCCUUUUUCUUAAUCUCAAGUAUCUGGUGCCAUUCUUGUUAAACCAAAGUGGAUCAGUAGUUUUCUAUUUCACUCUCGCUUCUACAGAUCUAUCUCUGGCCGUUCCCAUGGUGAAUUCCCUCACAUUUCUGUUCACAUUACUAAUGGGUAAAUUGCUUGGAGAAGAUUUUGGAGGAAAGGGAGCUCUGCUGGGAAUGUUACUCAUCAUGUCUGGAGUGACUUUGUGCAUCCUGAGUUCUGUCUCUGAGACGGACGGCACAGGGCUCCGUAACACAAGUGACCACUAAAACAUGAUGCCACUGGCCUGGAAGGUGAAUGAGGAGAUCGGUCGGCUCCAGCCAUGUUGCCAAACAUAUUCACCUCAUUGAAAACUGACACAAUAUCUGUGCUGCUUUUUUUCCCCUGUAUAUACCAUACCUUUACCUGGAGAAAACUGUAUAUCUGAAAACUGAAAAAUGUAUAACUUAAUAUCUUUACUUGAACUGUUGGUGAAAAUCCAAAUGUUUUGCACUUUAAUUACAACUGUGGAAACUUUUGAGCGUAUGUGGAUUUUACAAAAUACUUGUACAUAUUGUUUUAUUAUCAGAAGCUUAUAUGGAUUUGUACUAAUAAUGUGGAUGUGGCCAGUGUUUACAUACAUUUAUUUUAAAUGUAUUUUAUUUUCAGAGGUCAUAUUUUGUUAAACAUAAGAAAUAAAAAGCAUAUUUUUCAGUGAAUCUCUA